UAGACAGAAGCGAAGUUUUUUCGUUUGCUUCGCUCACUGAUACAGAAUGGACGUGAAAAUUUGUCAACAUACCAUAAACAGUGGCAAAUAGUUUUUGUAUUUAUCGUUGAAGAACCUAGUUCUAGUUUUAGUUUCGAAUAUGAGGUGCCUACUGUUUAUGUUAUUGUUCGCAGCCAUUGGCUUCGGAGCUGCCCAGAAACUCAGGGAUAUGAUGUAUUAUGAUUUUCAUGGAUCUGCAGCUUGUUUCAGAAGACAUAAUGGAACGCACCAAUUCGGUUGUUCAUCAAGUAGAUCUGGUAGCGUUGGAGUUAUUCAUUUUGUCGAAAAUGAAGAUGAUAUUGUUUGGCUGGAAAAAAAUGCUACUGCUGGACCUUACAUGAUUGUUUUAACUUUCGAUAUGUUUACAAUGAAAACAUUGAAAAGGUUUGAAGAUGUAGAUGUUAAUGGAGUUCUACUCUACAGAAAUACAAGUCUAGAUCGUCCAACCAGCUAUUCACCUGAUGACAGUUGUCCAAACAGAUAUUCAGGAUAUACUACUUGUAAUGAAUCAUGGAACCCCCAUGGUUCAUCUUUACUUCUACAAGACUGGCCCUUCCCCAUGUUUUACAUUGAGGACAACGAAGUUCUUGAAAAAGUAAAAGAUUGCUACCUAAAGAUGAAUGCGCAUGAUAGAGAAAAGCAAAACGAGCGCUCCUUGUGUGCUCUAGAAAUGAAAUCUUUCAUGUUUGCUGCUCUUAAUUCAGAAUCUUGCUUAAAAAGAGGCUCAUCUAAUAUUCUGUAUCACCCAACUCUCUUCUGUGAUCCAAUAGGUGACCAAAAUAUUCAUUGGCCAGUUGGCCCAAUGAGUGAUAACAUUAAAAAUGUUAUUAUGGUGAUCGCUAAACUGGAUUCCAAUUCAAUGUAUGAUAAUUUGGUACCAGGAGCUGGGUCUACAGUUACAGCUAUUGUUACUCUCUUGGCUACAGCAACAUAUCUUCAUAUGUUGAAUGCAACUAUUAGUGAUACAAAUAUUGUAUUUUCACUGUUAAAUGGUGAAACAAUGGAUUAUAUUGGAUCCAGUAGAUUAGUUUAUGAUCUUAAAGAAGGUAAUUUUGAUGCUCUAAAGGGUAAAACAUUGAAAUUGGAACAAAUAAGCUCAGUAAUAGAGUUGGGUCAACUUGGAGAGGGAAAACUUUAUUUACACUCAAAAAAUGUGAAAGAUGAUAAUCCUUUAUUGACAACUCUUAAAAAUGAAUUGAAAGCGGAUGUAUUGAACAAUAGUGUACCUCCAGUUUCUGUGCAGAGUUUUCUAAAAGAAAACUCUUCUAUUGAAACACUUGUAAUAGCGAAUCAUGGAGAGACUUUUGUAAAUAAUUAUUACAAUGGCUUACUUGAUGAUGCUGAAGCACUCAAUUAUUCAAGUAACAAGACUACAAAUCUUCCAUCUAGCUUAGCUAACAUUGCAAUUACUCUAGGUAAUGCACUUUAUAGCAUAACAAACCCAGGAAGCAAACCUUCAACAGAGAAUAUAACUCUUAUUGAAAAGCUUGUAACUGAACUGCUGCCAUGUUACUUGGAGAGUGCUCGUUGCACUUUGUUUUCAGCUGCAUCACGACCAGGAACUAUAUUACCAAAUCAAGUGCUUUCCUUGUAUACUGGGGUGGUUAGAUCCGACAAUGCAGCUACUAUCUUAACCGGUCAGUUGCUAGGUUUACUAACUGGUACUACAUAUCCUGAGCUUAAUCAAACUUCAUGCUCGGAGAAACAUUUCUUAUGGAUGGCUGGCUACAAUUUGACUGGUGUUUGCGUCGAGGCUACGGCUAAUUUCAGUCAAGCAAAAAGCCCAGCAUUUAUUAUAGAAAAUUACGAUAUGAAAUCAGGAAAAUACUCAACUUGGACAGAAUCAGUUUGGGAAAAUCUUGGUAUGAGAAUGUUCUUGAAGCCUUCUUAUAAGGUUGAAGUAUUAAGCUUAGGCAUAGGUUUAGGUGUUUCACUCUUCACUGCAUUUAUAGUCUGGCGCAUCAAAGCUAAUGCAGAUAGAAUAUUUCACAGCGUGGUAAAUCUGUAGCAGUAUGAAAUGGUAAAUAAGUUAUCAAGCAAGUCAUAAAUCGAGGGGAAAAGAGUACAUUAAUGUGAUAAUAAAAAAAUUGUCAAUAGAACUUGCACACUUUGUGUAUUUCUGGCAUUUGAACUGUGUCCGAGUUAACGUUUAGAUUGUUAUUGCGUCGCGACUGACUCAUUGUGCUGCGGAAUCAGUGAAAUGUCCUUAUGCAGCUGUAACUCGGCGCUUCGCUCGACAUUCCACGGUUUUGCGCAAUUUACUGUGAAUGAACGUACAUUUAUAUCUAUUUACGUCUAUUCAAACUGGAUGUGAUAAAUUAAAUUACGAAUUUUAUUUUCAAGUAACACUUCUUUGCAUCCAGAUUAAUGGUACUGAUCGAUCAACUUAAAUUAAAAAAUUUAUAUAACGAUACAAUUAAAAAAUUCACAGUAAAAUUCUAAUUGUUACGUGAGGUUUACUCUACUAGAAUGUAAAUAAUGCUCUUAGUUAUAAGUUCGAUGCAUGAUUGAAUUGUGUCGGUAAUCAAAUUAACCAAUAUAAUUUAAAAAAUUUUUUAUACUAUACGUUGUAAGUAAUUUUUUUAAACGAGUAUCAGAGACAGACGUACGAAGCUCGUGUGACUCGCUUCGUACUUCAAAUUGUCAAAUGAAUUGGCAGCUAUAUUCGACUGACAUACAAACCAGAAAAAUAAAGAAUAAUAAUUUAGUAAUUAA